AUGGAGCAAACAUUAACCAGCCCCCAAGGUACAGAGGUUCCUGGAACUUCCGUCGCCGAGAGUAGCUAUACCACUCCGGAAGAUCGAUUGGAAAGGCUGGUCCGGAGCUACCGCGAUAGGAAUGAUCCCGAUCAAUUGGAACAACUUAUUCAGACUGCACGAGAAGUCUUGGAGGCAACAGCCAAACCCGAUGCUAAGUUAUUACACACUCUGGCUUGGGCCCUGUACAUAAGGUACAAGGACGUGAUUGACGAUUUUGGUGAUCUUGAAGAAGCGGCGAAACUCGAACGCAAAGCAAUCGAGACAUCACCCUCAGAUUCCAUGGACCAUCAGAGGUUUUCGUACUGGUUGGCACAGCAGUUAGGAGACUCUUUCUAUCACACGGGAAACGUGGAUGAUUUAGAUGAAGCCAUCGGGCUGAUCCAGGGCUCGCUGAAAAGCCUCCCCAACAAAUCUCCCAUGAGGGCCGCACAUCUGGCUAAUCUAGGAAUCUUACUGAAGGAGAAGUAUUCUGUUCUUGGAGUCAAGGACGACUUUGAAAGUGCCUGCCAAAAUUUAGAAACAGCUAUUGCAUCGUCUUCGGAAGAUCAGAAUAUCACUGCGACAUGGCUUGAGAAAUUAGCGGACUUGUACGAUGUAAAGCACGGUAACUUUGGGAAAUUAGAGGACCUCGAAAUUGUCUGUCGCCUGCGAAAAGACUCUCUAUCUGCAACGACGGACGAUUAUGAACUCGACAGGUUAGCUCGACAGGUUCAACUAGCAAGGACACUAUAUGAGCUUUUCGAGGAAACGAGAGACCUGAGGGAGCUACGUGAGUCAAUCGCAUUAACUCGAGAAGUCGUGUCUGCGACGUCAGAAGACGAUCCUGAGUGGUUGGAUCGGAUACGGAAGCUCAACGUCACUAUCUACAUCAUGUAUCACGAGACGGGCGACAUGAAGGACCUCGAAGAAGCAAUUGAUAUCGUCAAACGAUAUCUUGAGAAAGCUACUAAAGAGCAUCAUCAUUGGUCAGAACAGCUGAGCAACUACUCUAACUACCUUGAUUCUCUCCAUAGCAGAACCGGGGACUUGGCUCAUCUAGACGAGGCUAUUGAACUUGGUAGAACGGGCUUGAAGGACAUACCGAAGAACGCUUCCAACCUUCAGAUUGUUCUGGGUAACCUUUCGAUAGCACUGUCAAGAAGAUCGAUGAUACGAGGCUCUAUGGUGGACCUGGAAGAAGCUGUUUCCUAUGCCAGAACUUCUCUGGAAGUAGCGCCUAUUGAUUCUCCAUCAAGGUAUAUCCAGUUGCAUAACCUGGGCUCUAUACUUCUAAAGAGGUUCUCGAGGAAUCAAGAGAAUGAAUCGGACCUGAACCAAGGGAUCUCAUUGCUGAGACAAGCUUUGACUUCUAUCUCCAGCACCAACCCUGAAAUCGAGAGCAUACUGUCCCGCCUGGCUUCGGCUCUCGACACGAGACAUGAUAAGUUCGAAUCCUCUGACGAUCUCGAAGAGGGUAUCGAAGUUGCUAGGAAAGCCAUCGCUGCAAUGGUAAAUCCGUACACCGAGCGACCCACUGCAAUCAGUACCUUGUCAGCUCUCUUGAAGAAGCGAUUCAGAGCUGGAGGCUCCUUAAAUGACAUCACGGAAGCAACCUCGAUCACCCAGAACACGCUGGAAUCGAUGCCUGAGGACUCUCCAUUCAGAACAGACCUUUGGACCACCCUCGGGGAUCUCUUUGCCGCCAAAUUCAGUAAAACAUGGGUCAGUGGUGAUUUGGAUGAGGCAGUUCGCAGUUAUCGAUGUGCGGUUGAACAUCCUACAGGCAAUACCCUGAGGCGCAUAAUUGCUGCAACAUCAGUUAUGCCACUGUGCUUGAGUCUCCAGGAGGCUUAUGAUAUAGGGCGCACGGCUAUCGACCUUGUCCCUGGUAUUGCUGCGGCUCGGUCACUCGAAACCAGUGAUAGACAGCAUCUACUCAGCUUUUCAAGAGGUCUCGCAGCUUCAGUGACGGGUGCUGCCAUCAGGCUUGACAGGGAUCCCUCCGAGGCAUUGGCAAUCCUCGAGCAAGGCAGGGGUAUUCUGGGAUCGUCACUGGAUGAUAUACGAACAGAUGUAAAAGAGCUUCAGCAAGUGUUCCCUCAGUUGGCGGGAAGAUUCAUCCGUAUACGCGAAGAACUUGAAUCUCCCAACGGUUCGCAUUUUAGCGACGAACUUGGAGAGGACCGGGGCUUACGACGACGAAACGCCGCCGAGAGCUUUGAUGAUCUUCUGGAUGAAAUAAGAAACAUGCCUGGCUUUGAGGAUUUCCUAUGUCCUCUUACCACUGACCAGAUACGUGCGGCAGCUGCCUAUGGUCCUAUCGUGGUCAUCAACAGUAGUUGGAUGGGAUGUGAAGGAAUAGUCAUCGAACGAGAGCGCAUCACAUCCAUGGUUUUUAAAGAUCUGGAUGACGGUGAGUUGAUGGAACGUGCAGCGGGAUUCGACCUGGGAACCCCAGAUAUGCUUGAGUGGCUUUGGGAUACUAUCACGAGCCGUGUACUGGAACUACUGGGUUUCAAGAAAGCACCGUCGGAUCAACAGGAAUGGCCUCAUAUAUGGUGGAUACCUACUGGGCCAUUGAGCAGAUUCCCACUUCAUGCAUCUGGACGGCAUCAAGAGCGAUCUGGCAACACGGUAAUGGACAGAGUGAUAUCGUCAUACAGUCCAUCAUUGAAAGCUCUCGUCCACGGGCGUCGACAGCGCGAAGUUGUUACCGGCCCCAGCCAUGCUCUUCUGAUAGAUGUGGAGCAUACAGAUGGUCACUCUCGUCUACCACAAGCCCGAGCAGAGAUCAAGGUAGUCAGUGAAAUCUGCGAGAGUAUGGCAAUACGGCCCGUGUUAGGCGGUCAAAGUAAGCAAGAUAUGCUUUCUUGCCUUCGAAACUGCAAGAUCUUUCACUUUGCAGGACAUGGAUACACCAACGGCGAAGACCCGUCCAAGAGUCAUCUUUGCUUGAGCGACAGCAGUGAUCCAUUGACUGUUGGUGAUAUCUUGAAACUCAAUCUGAACGAAAGGUCGCCCUUUCUGGCGUACCUUUCAGCUUGUAGCACCGGGCGUGUCCAAGAUGACAAAUUCAUCGACGAGAGCAUACAUCUCAUCAGCGCAUUCCAAUUAGCUGGGUUUCGGCACGUCAUUGGUACUUUAUGGGAGGUCAGAGAUAAGCAUUGCGUUGAUGUCGCGCGAGUUACGUAUGAAGCUAUAAGAGAGGGGGGUAUGACUGAUGAUUCGGUUUGUCGGGGAUUGCACAGGGCUACAAGAAUAUUGAGAGAUAGUUGGUUGGAAAGUUUGGACAAGAAGAGGGAGCGGCUAGGACAGGGAGAUGAGAAAGGACUGAGGGAUAUUGUUCCUUGCGAUAAUGACGAGGGGGUCAGAGGUGAGCAGUUUCCGGCUUAUUGGGUGCCUUAUGUCCACUUUGGUGUUUAA